CAGCUCCAGUUCCGUCCCUGAGCGGACGUGGGUCAGCCAUGCGCUGCUCCACCCUCCUGGGCAUCCUGACCGGGGUGUUGCUCUACCUGAUCCUGGGGGCCGUGGUGUUCCGCACCCUGGAGCUCCCCCGCGAGGAAGGCCAGCACAUGCAGCUGCACGACACGCGACGCGCCUUCCUGGAGAACUACACCUGCGUCAGCCCCAACGUCCUGCAGGCCCUCAUAGAGGAGGUGGCCGAUGCGAUUGGUGCAGGCGUGGAUCCCAGCGCCAAUGAGACUUCCUUCAGCAGCCAAUGGGAUCUGGCCAGCGCCUUCUUCUUCUCUGGUACCAUCAUCACCACCAUCGGUUUUGGGAACAUCUCCCCAAAGACAGAAGGCGGGCAGCUGUUCUGCAUCUUCUACGCCCUGGUGGGGAUCCCACUCUUCGGCUUCCUGCUGGCCGGUGUUGGAGACCACCUGGGGACAGGGCUCAGCAAAGCUGUGCUCAAAAUAGAGACUCUCUUCCUGAGGUGGAAGGUGAGCCCAACGAUUGUAAGGGUCAUCUCAGCCGUCUUGUCCAUCCUGUUGGGGUGCGUACUCUUCGUUGCCGUGCCGAUCAUGGUGUUUAAGGAAGUUGAGAAGUGGUCUUUCCUGGAGUCCGCCUACUUUGUGGUCAUCACCUUGACUACGGUGGGUUUCGGAGACUAUGUAGCAGGUGACAGUGGAGACAGGGGGAGUGACCACUGGUACAAGCCUCUGGUUUGGUUCUGGAUCCUUCUUGGUCUGGCCUACUUUGUUUCGGUGCUGACCAUGAUUGGGAACUGGAUCCGAGUGCUGUUCAAGAAGACGAGGGCUGAGAUGGAGGAGCUGCGUGCUCACGCCACCGACUGGACCCAGAACAUCCAGAACAUGUCUGUCGACUUCCGCAUCCCGGUAAAACUGGACGACCCCUUCAAGGGGCGCAGGAGGAAGCGUCGCCAUGGCGGCCGCAAUCGCAGCCACGGGGGCGGUCAGAGCGUGUCCGUCACAGGCGUCCCUGGGGAGGGGGGCACGGCCAUGGAGAACGACAAGCUGCCCCCGAGCCCGUCAGAAUCCGGGUCCUCAUCCUGCUCGUACUCCUACUCCUCCAACGAGUCUGAGUCGGGCUCCAGGACGGGGUCAGAGGUCACCCAGACCGAGCACGUGCCUGAGGGGAAAAGUCAAGAUCUUAAUAAAGAUUUUUUCCCCGACCAACUUUACUGCCAGCCUCUGGAUUACUUUGGAGAGAACCUGGCCUUCAUCGACGAGUCUUCGGAUGCUGUGAGCGGAAAGCUUCACUUGGAUCCCCUGCUGGAUCCAGCGCAGCCUGGUUCUGUCCCUCGGAAGAUCAAGAGAAGACGUCAUAGAAGACCACUUCCACAGAAGAGCCCGAAGACCAGCCCUUCUAACCCAGGGAAGAAAGAACCAAACGGGGACAUAAAUCCUCCUUCAAAUUCUCCACCUGCUCCACCAAGGCCUUAA